UUGAAUCUUGGUAGUAAUGAAUAUCUUAAAUUAUUCUGUAAUUGUACAAUUUGGUGGUUUUAACUCCAUUAAUUUUGUAUAGAUGGCAGGACAUGGAUUGGCGGAAAAUGACGUCAUCUUGACCACCAUUUUGAAUUGGAAUUUUGCACCGAAAAAAAUUCGAAGGAAGAAAAUAUCUGAAACUGUAUGAACAACGCAAUUAGUGACCAUCAAACACGUUAGCAGAGUAGGCCUAUAUUCAAAGCACCACUAUGGAAGAAUUCAACCCAGAAAGCACUCAGUCGAGUCAGCCAGAGAGUAAUGAUUUUGACUUUGAAAAACUGGACCCGCUCGUUGGAGAUCCAGCCGUCACUUCAAGCACACGUGAAGAAGCCGAAGAGGAUUUAUACACUGGACCUCCACCUAGUGCACCAGUUCCUGAACCUGAGCCAUCAAAACCUCUUGUGACUUUUGAUGAUGAACCAGUACAAGUUUCCCCCACUCCUGAUUCAACAAAGGAAGCCACCCCGGAAAAAAGUGAUGGAAGUGGAGGUCUAGCAGCAAGACUUCAAACUCUUGACCCAAGAGUGAAAGAUCUCAUUUACUGGCGCGAUGUGAAGAAAUCUGGAGUUGUGUUUGGGAGCGUGUUCAUCCUCUUGCUCUCACUCUCUCUCUUCUCAGUGCUGAGUGUGUUCGCCUACCUGUCCCUAGCCAUUCUCACUGUCACCAUUAGUUUCCGCGUCUACAAGCAGAUCCUUCAAGCUGUGCAGAAAACUGGUGAUGGACAUCCCUUCAAACAAUUCUUGGAGGCAGAAGUUGAGAUUCCAUCAGACAAAGCACACCAUGUAGCUGAUCACAUAGUGGAGCACAUCAACCGAGACAUUGUUAGACUUAGGAGACUUUUCCUUGUAGAAGAUAUUGUGGACUCUAUUAAGUUUGGCCUACUCUUAUGGGUUCUUACAUAUAUUGGAGGAUGGUUCAAUGGCAUGACACUUAUUAUUCUAGGAUGGGUUGCAAUUUUCACAUUACCUAAGGUCUAUGAACAAUACCAAGGCCCCAUUGACCAGUAUGUCGACCUUAUUAAAACGAAUGUGAACAACGUCAUUAGUCAGGUUCAAGCUAAGAUUCCAAUUGGCAAGAAGAAGACCCAGUAAAUGAUGUGACAUAUAGAGACAAUACAACGCUUCAUUGUCACACAGAGGCUUGUAAUCGAAUUAUUACACAAAACAACUUGGAAUUAAACAUCUAAUACAGAUUAUAGGGCCACAAAGAAUUACAAUGUACCCAAGAAUGUGAAUAUCAUAUUCUACCUGUGAAGAUCAAGGGUCUUUUGGAAUUUUUUGGAGUUAACUGUGAUCAUGUAAACAGACUAGACAGAUUGUGGCCAUCUUGGAUUAAAAAUUGCUGCCAUUUUGAUUUCGUUAUGAUAGACAAACAUGGAGACCUGUGUACAGAGAUGCCCUGGUGUCAUGCUUGUGACUGAUGCCUACAGAUCUAAUAUGUGGUAGCACGCUGGAACCUGCUGGCUUCAAAUUCAAAAUAUAACAUGUCACGUAUCAGUUGUGGAGCUCAAUAUCAAUUCUAACGCUUGAGCUUUGUAUCAAUUGAUAGAUUUACAGUAAAAAUGUUGUGUAAUGGUUUUGUAGCUCAAACGGUGACAG